AUGCGUUGCCUUCUGUUUGAGUCACUUCUUGUGUUGGCAUAUUUAAUAAGAAAUGGUAAUGAAAAAGUGGUUAAAUCAGCACGUGAACAUCUAUAUGAUCUUAGAAGUUUAGAAAAUUUUUCUUAUCAUGAUGAACAUGACAAUGAUCAAGGAAUUAAUAUACGUCAUAAAGUAAAAGAAUUAAUUGAAUUUAUUGAAGAUGAUGAUCGAAUUCGAGAUGAACGUAAAAAAGCAAAAGCUAAUCGUGAUAAAUAUAUUGAUGAUCGAUGGAAUAAUAAUGAUGAAUUAUCAAAUUCAACAAAAACAAAAGAUUUCGUAUCGGAAAAUUAUUCAUUAGAUAAAAGAGUUCAAACAACACAUUGGCCAACGUCAACACAAUCUUCAUCAUCGAUGAUAUUUGAUCCAUUUGCAUCAUUAGAAACAUCACCGAAUCAUUUUCAACCAAAUCUAUUUUCAUCUAAUCAACAACAAACAUUUACAAAUUCAUCUAUAUUUCAACAACAAUCAAAUAUAAAUUCAAUGAAUAAUACUUGGUCAUCAGCAGCGGGAAAAUUAGAUAUAUCAUUAAAUAAUUUAAUUCCACAUACACGUGGUGAUCAACAGAAAACAUCAUUAACACUAAAUCAAUUAACUAGUUCAACUAAAUCUGAUUUUUCCAUAUUAAAUACAAAUACUCAAUCAAUAUUUUCUACUCCGAAUAAAAAAAAUAACAAAAUUUUAUCAUUUUUUUUUAAAUUUUUCGUCCUUUUAAUGAAUGAUUGA